GACAAGUGGAUCCAAGAUGGCGUAGAAAGUAAAGCUAGAAGUUUUGUCCCUGAGUCAUGGCGGACAGGAGAGCGGAGAAAUCAUGUGAAGAAGCCAGCAGAUCGUUAGUCAGGCAGGAAUAUGAGGCGGUAGUCAGUCACAGCACGGAUACCUUGGCGGUCCUUGGUCCUCAAAUCCAAUCCACCGGCAACCCCCUCUCGCCAAGCCCGCCUUCCGGAGGCCUGCGCAGUCGCGCCCUGCUUUACCGCAUAGCUGCAUUUCUUCACUUGAAAAAAUAUGACGAAGCAGAUCAAGACUGCAAACAUGUCCUGGCAGAAGACAGGACUACGGGAGAGGAUUUGCUACAGGCCAGCUUGUGCUCCAUGCAGUUGGAUGACAGCCUGCAGGAGGUGGCCAGCAUCCUCUCUAAAACCUUGUUUGGAGAGCCAAUGAAUGGAAUUGUUGCAAAAGAUGUUUCCAGAUUAAAAAUCCUGUUUUCAGAAAUAGAGGCUGUAAAGAAGAGCGAGAUGGCACCAGAAUACACAGAUGACCAGGAGGAGGAGGUCCAAGAUGGCUGGCAGUUCAGGCCCCCUCCUCGAGGAGUCACCAGCAGCGAGGAGUACACCCUCUGUAAAAGGUACUUAGAGCAGGGUCUGUGUCGGUACGGGGCCCAGUGCACGUCAGCUCACUCACAGGAGGAGUUGAUGGAAUGGCAGAAGCGCUACUCAUCACGCCUGAUCCGUCUCAAGCAACAGCAGGAGAGCAAACACUUCACUGAAAAUUAUAUGGAGACUCUAAUAGAGAAGUGGAUGAACUCUCUCUCCCCAGAGAAAGUGCUUAGCGACUGUUUAGAAGGAGUCAAUGUUGAAACCAGCUCAAGCCUCUCUCUUACUGUCACCACCAAAAAAUCCUUCCACUCUUGGACCUUCUCAUUGCUCUGCAAGCCUCCUAGAAAGUUAUAUCGCAUAGCCCUGCUCUACGAUGCCCACAGACCCCACUUUUCCAUCACGGGAGUCUCUGCUGGGGAGCAGCUACAAACUGUGUCCGCUGGCUCUCAAGAGUGGACUCUACAAAAAGAAACAGCAGUGGCGGACAAUGGCAUAGACCACUGUGUCUACAAGGUCACUGUGGACUUCACCACAGAGAUCUUUGGUACCUUCAGACAGACCAUAGUUUUUGACUUUGGCUCAGAACCAGUGCUGAUGCAGCGAAUCAUGGUGGAUGCUGCCUCUAUUGAAGAUAUAGAACAUCUGAUGGCAGCCAGACAACAGCUUUUGAUGACUGCAAAACGUUGGGACUCUUCCUGUAAGACUCUUGUUGAAUUCACACCUAAUGAGACCAUGUGUGAUCUGGAGCGCAGUCUUCUUUCCCGCUAUCAAAUCCCACUGUCGGCCGACCAGCUCUUCACCCAGUCAGUUCUGGACAAGACGCUAACCAGAGAAAACUACCAGGCCCGGCUACAUGACCUCCUCUACAUAGAGGAGAUUGCACAAUUUAAAGAAGUUAGCAAGUUUAACAUCAAAGUGAACCUGCAGCUGGUAUCCAGCUUCAUGCUGACCGGCAUUUCGGUUGGAGCCAAGUAUGCCCAGAAUGGACAACUCUUUGCACGUUUUAAACUUACAAAAACACUGUCUGAGGACACACUGGCAGGACGACUCGUAAUGACCAAGGUGAAUUCAGUUCUCUUCCUGCCUUUGGGUUGGGAAGGUGUCAUCAGCCAGCCACCACCGGGGGUCAAAGAGCGUGUCUACGAGGCUGUGAUUGAAGAGAAAACCAAGGAAUAUAUCUUCCUCAGGAUCUGCAAAGACUGCUGUGAUGAACUCGGACUACUGCCUGACAGAAAAAUCCAGGUGGAGCUCCAGUUCCAGCUGAACAGGCUUCCGCUGUGUGAGAUGCAUUAUGCCUUGGAUCGCAUCAAAGAUAGUAAAGACAGUAGAAUUCUUUUCCCUGAUGUUAGCCUUGUCCCAACCAUCCCCUGGAGCCCCAACAGGCAGUGGGAUGAACAGCUGGAUCCUCGGCUGAAUGCCAAGCAGAAAGAGGCUAUUCUUGCCAUCACCACCCCUCUCUCUAUCCCCCUGCCCCCAGUCCUCAUCAUUGGACCCUAUGGCACUGGCAAGACGUUCACCCUGGCACAGGCUGUCAAACACAUUCUCCGCCAGGAAACCAGCAGGGUUCUGAUCUGCACCCACUCCAACAGUGCAGCUGACCUUUACAUAAAGGACUACCUUCAUCCUUAUGUUGAAUCAGGCAAUCCACAUGCCAGACCUCUCAGGGUAUACUUUAGGAAUCGCUGGGUGAAGACGGUCCACCCAGUGGUCCAGCAGUACUGUCUCAUCGCCAACACACAGGUCACUUUCAAAAUGCCCACAAGGGAUGAUAUCCUCAGGCAUCGUGUGGUUGUGGUCACCCUCAGCACUUCCCAGUACCUCUGCCAGCUUGACUUGGAGCCUGGCCUGUUCACUCAUAUCUUGUUGGAUGAAGCUGCCCAGGCCAUGGAGUGUGAGACGAUCAUGCCUUUUGCCUUAGCUAGCAAUACCACCCGCAUUGUGUUGGCUGGAGACCAUAUGCAACUCAGUCCAUUUGUGUACAGCGAGUUCGCCCGCGAGCGAAACCUGCACGUGUCCUUGUUGGACAGACUGUACGAGCACUACCCUUCUGAAUUCCCAUGCCGCAUCCUUCUGUGCGAGAACUACCGCUCCCAUGAAGCUAUCAUCAACUACACGUCGGAGUUGUUUUAUGAUGGCAAGCUGAUGGCAAGUGGAAAGCAGCCCUCUCACAAGGACUUCUAUCCUCUAACUUUCUUCACUGCACGAGGAGAAGAUGUCCAGGAGAAGAACAGCACUGCCUACUACAACAAUGCUGAGGUGUUUGAGAUUGUGGAGCGUGUAGAGGAGUUGCGCAAGAAGUGGCCAGUAGCUUGGGGAAAGCUGGAUGAGUGCAGCAUUGGAGUGGUUUCACCGUAUUCGGACCAGGUCUUUCGCAUUCGUGCUGAGCUCCGAAAAAAGAGAAUGCAUGAGGUCAGCGUGGAAAGAGUGCUCAAUGUCCAGGGUAAACAGUUCCGAGUGCUGUUCCUCAGCACGGUGCGGACACGACAUACUUGCAAGCGCAAGCAAACGGCCAUCAAGAGGAAAGAGCAGCUUGUGGAGGACUCCACUGAGGACCUUGACUAUGGAUUUUUGUCCAACUACAAGCUGCUUAACACAGCCAUCACCAGAGCUCAGUCGUUGGUUGCGGUCGUGGGAGACCCAAUUGCACUGUGCUCUGUUGGACGCUGCAGAAAGUUCUGGGAGCAUUUUGUGUCCAUCUGCCAUGAAAACUCAAGCCUCCAUGGCAUCACCUUUGAGCAGAUUAAGUCCCAAUUAGAGGCCCUGGAGCUAAAGAAGACGUAUGUUCUCAACCCUCUGGCGCCAGAAUUUAUCCCACGUGCCCUCAGGCCCCUGCAAGGGCACCCAUCUUCACAGGCACUACAUCCCCACCAUCAUCCUCAUCCUCAGCAUGUGCAGACAACAUCCACAAAGCAGAUACAGCAGCAGUCACCACCGAAGGGCAAACAUACCAACCACACAGAGCACCUUCCACCUGAAGGAUAUGCCCAGCCCAAUUCAGCUGUUCUAAUGGGAAACCCAAUCCAGGCAUUUACUCCGCCCGUGGUUGCUGCCCCAGCGAGUUUGGGCAAGUCACCAAGUCCUGUUCAAAGGAUAGACCCUCACACAGGCGCCAGCAUCCUUUAUGUUCCAGCAGUAUAUGGUGGAAACAUGGUCAUGCCCAUGCCACUUCCUUUGCCUUGGCCAGGUUAUCAGAACCGCUUUGCUGUUGACCCACGCAUCAUGAGUCACCAGGCAGCCAUGGCCUACAAUUUCAACCUCUUGCAGGCUCAGAAUAGAGGCUCCCCCAUUUCUUGCAGUGGGGUGGCACAUCCCUCUCCACUUGAAGUGGGCCAACCAGGCCCUGACACAGAUCUACAGUCGGAUGCAGUCAGAAAUGGUAAAGUGGAAGGAUGUCCAAAGUCGGAGCAGACACCUGAGAGAAAAAACACAGAAAUGAAGGAUAAACAGGUUGAUUUUGACACAGUUCGAAGUCUGGAAUCACAGACCGAUGGGAUAGCUGGUUUUCCCAAUGCAUUGCUCCACCGGAAAGACCCCUCGGCUGCUCAAAGAACACUCAAUUAUCACCUGGCACCACCCAACCCUGCCUUCUCCGCACAUCCUGCCAGUGGAAGAGCCCUCCCCCAGCAGUGUCCAGUCUCAAGGCUGCCUUAUCGGGUCAACCAGCCUCAACAUCCAGCGAUGGUCCAACACAGUCAACAGCUCAGCCCUGCCUUCCCUAGUGGAGGCCACAGUGCAUCUUUCUUUAGUGGUCACAUUGCCCCACAAAGGGCGAUUCAGUCUCCCACUUUAGAUGUACCAGAAUCUGGAAUUGUUGAAGAGAUGGGUAGCUCCAUUAGGACUCCAAUGCCGCACUUGGGGGGUCACCAUCCAAAUCUAUCACAGCACAACAACAGAGUCAAUAACUUUGGGGAGGAUGGACAAGACACAAUGCAGACAGAUGGUCUUGAUCUUCGGCGGCCCUUGACUCUAGAGGUUCUUAACCAGCAACAGCAGGCUGCCAGGCUAGGCCAGUGGAAUGAAGCAGCGGGCCCUUUCCUCCCGGGGGGUGUCGCCUUCUCUUUGCCUCAGCAAAUCCCCCACCUAGCUCAGCCGGGAAUGACUCGCUUUUCCCAUCAGCUGCUCCGUGCAGCUAACUGGGGCCUUGGUGCCAACAUGGAGGAUGAAGCUGGUUCACCUGCUUCCACUGGCCCACCUUUCAACAGAUACACAGGCCUCCUGAGAGAGAUCCCCCUGCAGGAGCCACCUGAAACCAGGGAAGCAAGUGAAAUUCAACCCCCUCCUCAAUCUCGCCUCCUCCAGUAUCGCCAGUCCCGUGCCUCAGGUGACCCUUCAUCUUCUUUAGCUGCCACUUCAAAUCACACCAGCCCGUUUCCAUCCGGGCCUUACCCCCAUGAAAGCGGACGUGAUCAUCUUAACAACAACAUUCUCAACAAUGCAGCUCUGCAGCAGCAGCAUCCCGUUGGUAAUUCCCUUUACAAUAGCGGUUGCUACCCACAUCAGACACCAGCCCACCCUGCCAGCCCCCCUCCAUCCCAGGUCAAAUACCUUCUACACGAGGCCCAGUGGUCCCAUGGUGGAGGUGCAUCUAUGAGCCCACCACAGCAGAACCACCUGCUAGGCAACCAGGCUCAUCGCCUUCCGUACGGACUUCCCGUCAUGUCUCAACCCAGCAGGCAGGAGCAAGUGCAUUUGAUGCAGCUUCACCACCAUCAGCAGCAUCAUCAUCAUCAACAUCAACAGCAGCAGCAGCAAUCUCAGCAAAGUCAAGGUCAAGACCAGGAGUCCUACCACUCAUUGUCACCCAGAACAUCUGCAACCACUGCCCUGCACAGUGUAGAUGAGUAUGAACCCAGAGGUCCAGGUCGGCCCCUCUAUCAGCGCCGUAUUUCCACCAGCUACCCCGAUCAACCGUCUCUUGCCAAUAGCCACAAUGUCAUGUCCCAGCAGUCCCAACCCUGUGCAGGAGACAGAAAUCAGGAGCACCCCAAUCCACACAUGCAGCAGCAGCAGCAGCAGCACCAUCAGCAGCACCCACCCACCCCCUACGGCUACCCCUCACAUGAGCUUUGGCCCAGUAAUGGUGGUGGUCCAGGUCCGUUCCAGAACAUUCCAUGUAAUGGAGGCGGGACCCUCACUCAUCAUCGGGAACUUCUAGCUUCUAAGGCCCUCCGUCAAAUUGAGGAGGAGGUGAAGGCGGACUCCCCGGCAGCACAGCAGACACACCCCCACACGCUCAACCCCCUUCAGCACCUCGGACAGUUCCCUCCCCUCAUGCCCAACAACAACAACAAGCAGCAGCAGCCACAGCAGGCUCCCGCAGAGCCCGUUCAGGCAGCUCCAAAUCUAAACAAAGCACCCACUAUGUCCUAUGCCAGUGCUCUCCGCGCUCCACCCAAACCACGAGCCAUCCGCCCCGAGCAGGCCAAAAAGAACAGCGACCCACUCUCGCUCCUGCAGGAGCUCAGUAUAGGAAGUUCAGAUGGUAGCAAUGGCUACUAUUCCUAUUUCAAAUGAGUGUCACCCAGUACCCCAUAUUGUGUACAUGCUAAAAUGUAAAACUAAAAAGAAAAAUCUCAGAAAAUACAAAAAAAAAAAAAAAAAAAAAAAAAUAGUGCAGAGUUAAUUUACAAAUUGUUUCUAUCAGUAGGUUUGUUUUCUGCAUUUUGUUCCACUUUAAAGCUUUUAUUUGUAACCGUUUCUCCUGUUUCACAUAUCUGUGAAGAAAACACGUAUAUAUAAUGAAUGCAUUACCGGUAUAUAUACAUAGUCAUUAUGUAUAUAUGAACAUAUAUACUUAUAUUAUCUACAAUUGUAUAUGUACGUAAUGCUAAGAAAAAAAGUAUUAAAAAUUUUACUGAGAAUUUGGUUGGCCACUUAGCUUUCCUGCAUUUUUACUUCCAUAUUGAAGUUGGUUUUGCUGGUUACUAAACACACGUGUUGGCAUUUCCGUCAAGUUUGUUGUUUUCACAUUUUGUUUUUAUUUUUAUUUUUUAUUUUUUUGGUACUGCUAUAGUUGUGGCAGUGGUCAAAAGCUAAGUGGUCAGCUGACACAGAAUCUACAUGGAGAAGUGUAUAGAAGUAGAUCGACCGUUUCUUCUAAUCUGUACAUUAAAGAAAAUAAAUGACUGAAUUGUAUGCCACAGACAAGUCCUUAAAUUAUUAUAGGCCCUUGUUAUUAUUUUAAACAUGUUGGACACUCUGGAUAGCCCGCUAACCCAAAUAGUCCACAUUUGGCUGCUUCUUCUUGAAACAUUGUCAUAUAGCAUAUGGAUGGGUUUCCCUCCAUUAUAUUAGCUCAUUUUGGAUUUUAAACAAUCUGUGGUGUCGUCAUAUGGGAUUAUUCUCUUGAAAAGUAACGAUACAAAUAUUGCUUUUACAUUUUACUUUUUACUCAUCACCUAAAAUAUACUUUUUUUCCCCAAUGCCCUCUCACUGCUCCCGUUGUGGCCACUUUUAAUCUAUUUUAUUCCUGCUAAAAUUAUGAGCUGUGGCAUUUCUAUUUGGACUCAACAAAACCAAUGAAUUAUGAUCAUUUAUAAAGGUGAAAUGAAAUUUUGUUAGUUGAAGGACAAGAAGGUGUCUGGUGAUUUAGAAAGUUGCAGUACUGUGACGGUUCGUGAAUGUGAACAGAGGGGCGUUGAAGCCAGAAUAGUGUGGCAUUAUGGGUAAGUGGAAAUGGUCAGUCAAACAGAUUGUUCCUUCUUGUUUGGAUAAACAUGCUGACAUUGACAUGAUCAAAAUGCGUAUUGGUUCUGGCCGAGAUCUGAUUGUGGCAUGCGCGGUUCAUAUUUUUCCCUAUAAGACAAUCUACUAAAUAAUUUGAGUAUGAAAUCCUUAAAAAGCUUAAAUCAGUUUUAGUAUGCUUUUCAUUCGCUCCAAAUUGGUUUAUAAAUACAAUAGGUCAGUCAAUAAAUGAUUGUUGGAAUUAUAUAUAUUUUUUAAUUUUGUCAUAAUUGGGGGGGAUUUUGCUUCCUAGUGAGACAAUUUGCUAGCUAGUCCACUAAAUGAGAUCACUGCUAGUUUUUAACAAAUAAAACUCCUUUUUUAUCCAAUAAGACAAAAAGCUGGAAGCAGCAGCUAUUUUGUGUACACUGCCCCGUCUGGCUCAAACUAGCGACACCAUACCAUUGUGCCAUGAUUUUUCAUACAGCAGUCAAACAUCUUAAAGUGUGAAAAGGGACUUCCUCGUCCACGUGGUGUCAUUUACAUCGUAUCAUCGACGUCCAGAUUAUUGUCACAGUAUAAAAGCGUGCGAUAAACGCAUACUUGUAAAUAUGCAUUUUCUAGGUAUUUACAAACCCUAAAUUUGUGGAGCGCCUCAAUUUUUGUAGAUGAUAUUCAAACAGAGAUAUGACCUUUUUAAUUAUGCCAUUUCACAAAGAAAUUUAGUCAAUCCGAAAAUCCAGUUGGUAGUUGCACCUUUUUCCCCCCCUAAGUGUACAAUAACAAUUUAUGUUGCUGUACUCCAACUUCUGUGCCACAUCGCAGUUAUACUACAAUCAUGAUUUUGGUUUUUUUCUUGCAUGGUCAUUUUUUGUUAGAUUUUUCUAUCCACUUUUAUUUUUAUCAAUUGUGGGUGGAAAAAAACUUGUUCAACCCUUACACUGUCAAAAUUUUUUGGUGUAUUUGAUGUGUACAAUGUGUCAUAAGCCAGCUAUUCUGUUUUACUAACGUCAUUCAAAAAUGUAUCGGUCAUGUAUGUUUGUGUGCAGGGCUCAAGCUGAGGUUGCUCCCUGGUGUGUCCGAUGAAGCUCAUUGGCUCAACUUGUGCAAUAGUACUAAUAUUUCACUGCCUCUCCAGCUCCAAUUGUUUUAUUUUUUUAGUGGCAGAAGACAUUGAGCCAAAGACUAUUAAAGGGAUUUUUUUUUUAAUUAUUAUUUUUAUUUUUUAUUUUUUUAAAUCGUUCCCCUCUUUAAAGUACACUCCUGUUAUCUUUUGCUUGGAUGGAAAUGCUUUGGCCUCCAGUUUAGUCUGUUUUUUUGUGGAAUAAAUGUGGUAUUUGUUUGCCUUUUUUGAUUAACCCAAAAGUCGAGCAAUUUGUGAGCGACAUGCGAGGGGAGCAACUUUGGCCCAGCCAGUAGAGAUAGAUCAGUAUGUCCAUCUCUUUUUCUCAUCCCUUUACGCUCAUCUGUUGUUCCCAGCAGUGAAUCUUCACUGGCAUGUCCAUCCACCCCCUUGCCCCAAUGGCUCAUCCCAUGUGGGUACAAAGUACUGAAUAGAUCUGUUUUACCCAUCUCCAUUUCAACUGAUGGUGGUUAUAAUAAAGGAUUUAGACUGUG